AUGCAACAACCCCAACGUUUCAUACCGUCUGUAUCUGAUCUAUAUGGGACGGACGAGAUAGAACUGCUGCUGGACGAGAUACGUGAGCUGGAGCUGGAGCCGGUCUGCUGUCAGCUGGACGAUGAGCAGGACUUUGAAAUAGCUGGCAGCAGGGCCGGCGAGCUCUCGCUAUCCCUCGAAUCACCGCUGGGCACAUGCACCUCAUGGGAUUCGCAUGCCAACUACAAGCAACGCAGCGGCGCCACACCGCUGCCAUGGGGCGUUGCCCUACACUGUGAUCCGCAACAUUUGAAAACGCCUACAGGGAUUGUGCGCAUACUAUUGGUGUUAUCCUCGGCCGCUUGCCUGGCCUGCGAAUGUUCAGCGGGCACGGUACAGGUGGGCCUCUUUCUACUGCCACUCAUUGGACGCCUGAGACUGAUGGUCUUCUGUGCGCUCUUCUCGCUACUCAUCACAUGUCUCAUGAUCUUUCUGGAUAUAUCGCAUAUAGCGCUCAUGUUUCCAUUCAAUUGGACUAAAGUGAAUACGUGGAUGUACCUGAGUAUUGGUUUGAUAUUUAUUUUGAGCUCCACAUUGCUUGUCCACAUGGUCCUCUGUGCCACGGAAUACACAUGGGUAUCAAAGCACUCCAAGGACACACUAUUAGCCACAGGCAUUAUUGGAUAUGUGUGCGCCUUGGAGGCAUUUCUUUUAUCGGGCAUCGCAUCCUGGCCAUGGACUCAGUAUCGUCAGGUGCCCGACGAUGCCAGCGAAUUGUUUAUCGAGGAUCGCGAAAUGACACCGAUGAGUCCCAUUAUUUGUAGCACCGAGCUGCAUGCGACGCCAUAUCAUAAUGGCAAUGCAGCCAGCGGUGGGGAACUAUAUAACCAACAACAACAAUCGUCCUAUAAUCAAAAGCCUUAUAUACCUGCCAAACGACCCGAUGUGCUCAACAAUCAGCGUCCAGCAUUGGGUCACACACAAACCGCACGGACAAAACCCAAUCAGCGUUAUCGUGAGGGCUACCACUAUCACACAUCCCGCCAGAGUCCCACAUUCGUGUUAGGCGAUGAUCAGGGUGCCGGUCCAUCCACGUCCCGUUCCAAUGAUAAUUCUAGUGCGUGAUAGUUUUUAAAUUCCUCAAGAAGAAACCCCCAAAACAGCAGAGAAGAGAAGACAAAAAGCAGACGAUGAUGCAGAAGGAGGACAGCCCCAAGUAAAAUAAUGAAUUGUAAUUGUUUUUCUCAGCUAUAAACUGGAAAUAACAGCAAAAUUUGAAGCAUGUUGAAGCAUUUUGGUCAAUGUAAGAAGUGAAAAAAAAAACAAAACAAAAUUGUUAAUUAGUUAAAA